AUCGGUAUCGGCAGUUCUUCGCGUCCUUUUUCCGGCUGACGUAAACGUGUUUAUUUUGCUGUAGCUGUUAUAGAAUUUUAUAAAUAAUUUUAUGCGUUCAUUUUGAUAUAAUAAAAGUAUAUUAUGGGAACCCGCGUAUUUGUGGGAGGUUUAACAUACAAAAUUAGAGAGCGUGAUUUGGAGAAAUUCUUUAGAAAAUAUGGUCGAAUAAAAGAAGUGUCUAUGAAAAACGGUUAUGCGUUUGUGGAGUUUGACGAUCAUAGAGACGCCGACGAUGCCGUGUAUGAGUUAAAUGGAAAAGAAUUGCUUGGAGACAGGGUUACUGUAGAAAGGGCAAGAGGAACACCACGGGGGAGCGAUCAGUGGCGUGGCAGAGAUGGUGGCGGCGGUGGAGGAAGAGGUUACGGGCCUCCAAGAAGUAGAAGUGACAACCCACGCGGUAGGGAUAAAUAUGGGCCUCCAACACGUACAGAGUACAGGGUAAUUGUAGAAAAUCUGUCCAGUCGUUGUAGUUGGCAAGAUCUAAAAGAUUAUAUGAGAAAAGCUGGAGAAGUUACUUAUGCUGAUGCUCAUAAACUUGCUCCUAAUGAAGGAGUAGUAGAAUUUGCAUCUUAUAGUGAUAUGAAAAAUGCUAUUGAGAAACUUGAUGACACUGAAAUUAAUGGACGUAGAAUUAGAUUGGUAGAAGACAAACGAGCAUCUAAAAAGAAUAGAUCAGAUAGCCACAGUCGAUCUAGAUCUCGUUCAAGGCGUAGAUCUAGAUCUCGAUCACGUAGUUCAAGAAGUCAGUCACCUAGACAGUCUCGUUCUCGAUCCAAGGAACGAAACUCUAGAUCUCGAUCUAGAUCACAUUCCAAAGAAAACGACAAGAUUUCCAGAUCAGUAAGCAAGGAUAGGAAUUGAGAGGAUUAACUACCUGGAAAAUUUAAUAUGAUGAAGAAUAAUAAAUUUAGGUUUAGUAUUUUACAUGCUUAUUUUUUAAGUUAUUAUGACUGUGUUGAGAUAUAAAAUUGUAUUGAUUCUUUGUAUAGUGUACUUCAUUGACCAUUUAACAAGUAUUGGUUAGUUUUUCAGCUACCAAAAUUGAUCUGGGAUCUGGUAUUUACUGUAACUUUGUUUUUUUAUAUUAUCAUUUUGUUGUAACUUAAGACUUAAUAAAUGUCUUCAAAUAU